AUGGACCGCAUAUCAUCGAACAUUGAUUCGUUUAACGAAAAUGAUCAAAUAAAACGCUGGCAAGAAAGCACAUUUACCUACGCAGAAGAACAGGACACAGAUAUUAUAGCACGACUCUGCAUAAAACGGUGUGAAGUGCCGGUAGACGAGAAGCUCACGAUGGCCCAGUUGCUUGAGAAGACCACCGAGAUUUGCAAGCAAGUCAAACUCCUGCUGAGUAACUUCAAUGAGUCGACGAGCGAUAGUGAUAGCAGCGAUAGCAGCGAUAGCGAUGCAUCUGGUGACGAUAUCAUCAACAGUGGAAUGAACAGCGUUGUGGAAGACGUCAGGAAUUACACAGGUUGCUUGCUUGAUCUGAGUGCAGCUUUCGAGUGUCCAGCAAAUGAUAUCGAGAAAGAGGUUGCAUCAAGCAUCGUCAAUGUAGAAGAGCGAGCUGCGCAUGAUUACCAUGCACAACUAUUGCAAGCCAAAUUCCCGAGCGCGCAGACAGAACUCAUACAUCGACUAGGAGAGACUAGUUGGAACCGUUAUCAGCGGAUGGUACAAGAAAGAGAAUCGAACGCAAAUGCACAGAUACAGGUCGAGGUGUGCAUAUAUCAAAGCAAGGAGUCCAGAUCUUUCAAAGCCGCUUCGGAGUUUCAAGAUUCAGGUCUAGGUACAUCUCUUCCUUCUGCGCCAUCUAUUUCGUAUGCAGAAACUAUAAUAUCGUUCAUGACUAGCAUUGGAGGAGGGGAAAGGGUUCAUAUACCGCCUUUGUCGAUAGAGGCGAAGAGUGGAGCAAGAUUUGAAUGCAACGCAUGUGGGAAACAAAUCCAAGCCACGACGAACCGCGACUGGAGAAAACAUCUGUUCGCUGACCUUCAGCCGUAUACGUGUUUCUACGCCAACUGUUCGUGGAGCACAACACCCUUUGUAGACCGCCAACUCUGGAGCAGACAUCUGGAGCUUGACCAUGAGCUCGGACCCGCUUGGAACACAUUCGAAUGCCCUUUGUGUCUUGAAAUGACAGAGCCAGGAAAAAGCGCAAUCCUCAUACACUUUGCGAGACACAUGGAAGACAUAGCGCUUGCUGCACUUCCUCGCGAUGUUGAAUCGGAUGCCGAGUCGGAUUCCCUUUCCGAGUGUACAACUUCCACUUUUGGUAACCGUAUUGAAGCCCCAGAGGAUGCUCUACGCGAAACUUCGAGUAAUGUAAAGGACACCAAUGUAUGGCAUCUAGAAUCUUGUUCCGACAAGUACCCUUGCGACGCAUUUGAUGAUAUAGUAAGAUUUUGCGAAAAGGGAGAAAGAUGGAUGACAAAAGAGUUUAAACCCACGUUCCAUCCGGAUAAGUGCUGCAGGCUGAAGUUUCGAACAGAAGUAUCAUCCGACCGUUGGAUCCAUUGGGAUGUUGGACAUUACACCGGACUUGUUACAGGACCCAACCAUGAACCGAGGAUUUGCUGGCUUGACAAAGAUGUCUUGGCUUGGAAAGAAUGGGAAGAAUCGAGUGAAGUUACCAGGGCGCUCGUCUUCCAACCACAGUCCGCAACAAUCAAUUAA